GAGCUGAGAGAGAGACGAGUGUGAGUGUGAGUCAGUGUCAGUUGCCACCGCCGCACCGCUCCGAGCGGUAGGUGAUCCCGCCGCCGCCCGCCGCCCGCCGCGCCGCUCGCCGCCCCGCCGCCUUCCGUUCCAUUUCCAUUCCACGACAAACAAACGGAGUCUACUCCCAUUCCUUCCCACCCGCGAUCCCUGAUCUCCUCUCCGCUCCUCCGCGCCAUGGCGGAAACCCUAACCCCCCAAACCCUAGCCGCCGGGGACCUCGUCUGGGCCAAGUCCAAGCGCCGACCCUGGUGGCCCGCCCACCUCCUCCCCGACGGCCUCGUCUCCUACCUCGCCGACCCCGACCCCGACCACGCCCCUCGCCGCGCCUCCGACCUCAGGCCCUUCGCCCACCCCGACGCCGACCUCAUGGCCCGCGCCACCACCACCCGCGCCUUCGUCGCCGCCGUCCAACACGCCCAGGCUCAGGCCGCCGCUCUCCUCCACGCCCACCUCACCUGCCCCUGCGCCUCCGCCCCCGCCCCCGCCCCCGACGCACCGCCCCCGCCCCUCCGCGCCACCCUCCACAACCUGCCGCCCCCCGACUUCCUCGCCUCCCUCCGCCACGCCGCUCUCGACACCUCCUCCGUCGGCCUGCUCGACCUCCCCAGGCUCAAGGCCUGGGUCGCCGCCCUCGCCAACGGAUGGGGUCCCGCUGGCCCGGGCCACUACCCGCGCCGCCCCGUCGCCGACCUGGUCGACAAGAUUGACCUCGAUGUGCCCGCCGCCUGGGAUGCCCAGGACCAGGACACCAGGCCAUUCGAGGUGCCGCAGGAGACACCCACCCAAAAGAAGCGCAGCGUCGCCGAGCUCAUGGACAAUGACGAUGACAAGGCUACGCCACACCACCAGGACAGCGCUACCACCAUCUCCAAGUCCAACAAGCGCGAGCGCAAGAAGAGCAAAUAUCUGUCGCCGCCCUACACCAACUUGGGCGGGAUUGCCCUUGUCCAGAAGGCGUCUGAUUCGCCAAAGCCAUCGCCACCCGCUGCCGCUGAAGAUGAUGAAUACAAGGUAUUGCCAAAGCCAUUGCAGGAGAAUGUUUCUCCACAAGAGGUCUUGCUUUUUGUGCGCAGGACUGGGCUGGACGUCUUCCAUAGGAUACGGUCAAUGAAGGCCGUCCAUGCCUUCCUUUCUUUGUAUACAAGUUCAUUGUUGGUCGAGGAUGCUGACUACAAGUCCUUUAUAGCACACGAGUGUUCUACGGAGAAUGCUUUUACAAAUGCUGCUGUGGAGACAUCUGAUUCUUUUGUAAAUUCACGUGCUGCUCUGAAACCAGGCAAGUGUGCUUUGAAGAGGACCAGAAAACAGGGGCAAAAUGAGGGUGGGAGUUCUUCGACCAAGACCGAGAAGAGGGGGAAGAAAUCUCCUGCGGCUGCCCUAGGCUGUGGUGUAACAAUUACCCCUGCUAUUCCUAUCAGGCAAGCGAGGGCAGAAGACAUAAGAAGCCCGACGAAACCAGAGAAUGGUGCAAGGGGUAUGGCAGUUGGUGUGCAGCUUGAGAAGAUCAAGCCAGACUUUAAGAGCCCUACAUUAGCUUCAGCGAAGGUAGCAAAAGAACCAGGACAGGAGCAGGACAAAGCAAAUGGUGGAUCUGUUUUGAAGACCCCAGCCAAUGCUUGCAAGAAUUUAUCUGACCAACCUGCAAAACAGAAUGAUGCAGGUAUGCUGGAAGCAAGACAGUUGCAUACCAACAUUCAAGCAGAUCCAGGUGUGCAAGGCAUUGUAGUAGAUGUGCCUGUCAGAUGUGUUCCGGUGGAAGCAGUGAAGUCUGAAGCUAAUAUUCCUCUACACAGAGAUGGGCAGAAUGCUGCUGUAGAUGUGACUGACAAAAGUGCACCUCUUCCUAAAAGUGAAGACGUAUCCCUAUCUCAGCCGACAGAUGGAAAUAAAGAACAUGCAAGCGCCGAAGUGCGUACGGUCCAAGAAUCUUAUGCUUCCCUUGAAGCGAUGGUGCCGGAAAUGCUUAUGAAAGCGGAGGUCGCCAAUGGCACUAAUGUAGCAGCAGCAAGCAAUUCCCUCAAAGAUGAGGGCCAGAGGGCCGAUCAGCCUAGCCUGAAGAAGAUGGUUCCUGGAGCUAAUGUAAACCAUUCCUCUGGUGAAGCUACCAAUAGUGCUUUCCCUGAUAUAGCUUAUUCUACUCCUAAGAAAAAGAAGAAGAAAAUUGCAGAGCACUUUGGAAACCCAGCAGCCCUUCUUUUGGACUUUGCAAAGGGUGUUGUUCUGCCCUCCAAAGAGGAAUUGCUCUCUGCAUUUGGUAAGUUUGGUCUCGUGAUUGAGUCUGAGACGGACAUCGUAAAAGAUACCCAUAGCGCUCGUGUUGUGUUUGGGAAAAGUGCUGAAGCUGAGGCGGCUUACAACAGCGCAGAAACUCUUGGUAUGUUUGGUCCCCCGUUUGCUACACCAAGGCUUCAUUAUCUUCCUCCAAUCAAGUUGAGCGUGCCUUCGCCAGCUUCAAAGCCUCCCCUUACGGAUAUUAGGAAAAACCUGGAGAGGAUGAUCUCAUCCCUGGCUGGCCAUUCAUCUGUCAAGAAGGCAACUCCAUCAGAUGGAUCAAAGCAAAUGCCAGAAAACCUUCUUGGGGAAAUGCAGGGGCUUUUGGCAAAAGUUGACAAGAUGCUCACCGGGCCUUCUGCUACUGCUAGUAAUCCUCAUUAGCCCCCUACCGCAUGGAUUAUUCUAAUCCAUCCGUAGUUAGAUGUCUUAUUGUCUAUGCUGUUUGUCGCUGUCAUCAAUUAUAGCUGCCAAUCUCGAGCUAAUGAUAAAUUAGAUGUUUUGACGAUUUCGGCAGCAACGAUUGAAACUAUUGUGAAUGGUAGUCCGUAGCCGUUAUUAUGUCACUGCUCUCAUGCUGCGUGUGUGAUAUAUUAAGACUGCAACUUCUUUCUUCUAGCCCUCUCGCAGCAGCAUGAAAAAUCAUGUUUUCCCCCCAAUAGUGAGUAUGAUGCGUUUAUAAUAAGGGGUAAUAAUAUACAAAGCUGUUGGGGUUGACAUCA